GCGGGAACAAAGAGCAGCGGCUGAGGCGGACUGGUAUGGUGGUUCCACAGGUCUGGCCCCGCUGCGCUCACAGGGAGGAGGCGGCGGCAGCGGCGGCGGCGGCGGAGGAGGAGGAAGGCGGCACGGUGAGCGAGGGAAGAAGGGGCAAGGACCCUACUGCUUCCUAUCAUCUCAUCAAGGAGGUACAGAGUGGCUGCUUGUCCAGAUGAGAUUGAGCCUUGCCUUCAGGCAUGCCCAAAGAAAAAUACGAGCCCCCUGACCCUCGGAGGAUGUACACAAUUAUGUCCUCUGAGGAAGCAGCCAAUGGAAAGAAGUCACAUUGGGCAGAGCUUGAAAUAAGUGGCAAAGUAAGAAGCUUAAGCUCAUCUCUGUGGUCAUUAACUCACUUGACAGCUUUGCAUCUGAGUGACAAUUUUUUGUCCCGCAUUCCUUCAGACAUUGCCAAGCUCCACAAUCUGGUAUAUCUGGACCUAUCCUGUAAUAAAAUCCGUAGUUUACCAGCAGAACUCGGAAACAUGGUUUCACUCAGGGAGCUCCGUUUAAAUGACAACCUGUUACGAGUUCUACCUUUUGAGCUGGGAAAACUAUUUCAGUUGCAGACUUUAUGCCUAAGAGGAAAUCCACUUACCCAGGAUAUAUUGAACCUCUCUCUGGAACCAGAUGGAACAAGAAGGCUACUGAACUAUUUGCUUGAUAAUUUGUCAGGUACUGCAAAAAGAAUUUCUACAGAACAGCCACCUCCAAGGUCUUGGAUUAUGUUACAAGAACCAGACAGAACAAGGCCAACUGCCUUGUUUUCUGUCAUGUGCUAUAAUGUUCUUUGUGAUAAAUAUGCGACCCGGCAGUUAUAUGGCUACUGUCCAUCAUGGGCACUAAAUUGGGACUACAGGAAAAAGGCCAUUAUUCAAGAAAUCUUGAGCUGCAAUGCUGAUAUAAUAAGUCUUCAGGAGGUUGAAACAGAACAGUAUUACAGUUUUUUUCUGGUAGAACUGAAAGAACGUGGCUAUAAUGGAUUCUUUAGUCCUAAGUCUCGAGCUAGGACAAUGUCAGAACAAGAAAGAAAACAUGUUGAUGGCUGUGCAAUAUUCUUCAAGACAGAAAAAUUUACUUUGGUUCAGAAACACACUGUUGAAUUUAAUCAGCUAGCAAUGGCAAAUUCAGAAGGGUCUGAAGCUAUGCUGAACAGAGUCAUGACAAAAGAUAACAUUGGAGUUGCAGUACUGCUAGAACUUCGAAAGGAAUUGAUUGAAAUGUCAUCUGGAAAGCCACAUCUUGGAACAGAAAAACAACUUAUUCUUGUGGCUAAUGCUCAUAUGCAUUGGGACCCUGAAUACUCUGAUGUGAAGUUGGUACAAACUAUGAUGUUCCUCUCAGAAGUGAAGAAUAUUAUUGAUAAAGCCUCUCGAAGCCUCAAAUCCAGUAUAUUGGAUGAAUUUGGAUCUAUUCCUCUUGUUUUAUGUGCAGAUCUUAAUUCAUUGCCAGACUCUGGUGUUGUAGAAUAUUUGAGCACAGGUGGGGUAGAAACAAAUCACAAAGACUUUAAGGAACUGAGAUACAAUGAAAGUCUUAUGAACUUCAGCUGUAAUGGAAAGAAUGGAAUGACCAAUGGAAGAAUCACCCACGGUUUCAAGUUAAAGAGUGCCUAUGAGAGUGGCCUGAUGCCUUACACGAAUUACACAUUUGAUUUCAAGGGUAUAAUUGACUACAUCUUCUAUUCCAAACCUCAGCUGAACACUUUAGGCAUCCUGGGACCUCUGGACCACCAUUGGCUAGUUGAGAACAAUAUCAGCGGCUGCCCACACCCUCUCAUCCCCUCUGACCACUUCUCACUUUUUGCACAACUGGAGCUCUUACUGCCUUUCCUGCCCCAAGUCAAUGGCAUUCACCUUUCUGGCAGGAGGUAGUCAAGUACCUUCAGAGGAGAACCUCAGUUUUACUUGUAAACUCAUGAAAAUCUGAAUAUAAGGGUGAGGUAUGGCUAGAAGGUUUUCUUAAUGGUGAUUUGAAUUUUCAAUUUGAUGGUUUAAUAAAAGGACAUAGUGUGAAAGCCAGGUGCUAGCAACAGACACAUUCUGAGCCCAAUAUGCUUUGUAUACUGCUAGACAGGGAGUGGUGUGUUUGCACCUACCUUUGAGUCGUUACAAGUAAUUUCCUGUUUCUUCUCGCCAGUAUACUAUUUUCAUGCCUUGAAAUAGGAAAAUGUUGAAACAGCAUAUUCUCUUUGCACAGGAAUCUGUAGCACUACUUUUUUUGAGGCCAGUAGUAACAUCCAGAGACCAUUCUUCCAGACUUUACACCCUUUUUCAGACUUAUUUGUAAAAUACAGAAUUUCAAUUUAGCCUUUAUGACUCUGUAUGGUCUGACUUAUGAAAUUUUAUACUUAAGAGUAAUCAAAUUUGAAAACAGUUGUAUUGUAAACUAAGGCUAAAUUUUUUACCUUGUUUCUUGUGUUCUGAAGGCCAGCUUGUAAAAGAGUUGCAACAGACUUUCUCUGCAGUGAUUUGCACUGUUAGGGUUUUGUUAGCCCUUUUGUACUACUUUAUUUUUAAAUUGAGAACAUUGCUCUUUAAGUCUGCUUAAACUGUAGGACAUUUUUUUGGACCAGAGGCAACUUAUUCAUGAAUUCUUCAAUUUUUAUGGAAACUAUCUACUACGACAGAUAAGCUGAACAGUAAAUGUUUAAUAGGCAUUUAUGAACUGAAUGUGAUGGUUAGUGUAUGUAUGUUCUGAUAUUUUUAAAUCUUUAACUUUUUUAAGUUAAAAAAUUACAGCUGCUUAAAUGCAGUUUCUUGACUCCUGUUUGAGACAUCCUGUCCUCUCCACUGUGCCUGCCUGAAUUUGUUCUCACCAAGCACUGCCUGUGCACGCAGAGAAAAAUCUGUGCAUCCUCUUUUAUAUUUUUUAAAUAUUAUUUAACAUUUGUGAGAAUUUUAUGAAAAUGCUUUUGUAUGGGCUGUGGCUUUUUUUCCCAUUGUGAAGCAUAAAGUAUCACGUUUUGGAAAAUGUUUAUAGUUUGGGUCUUUGCUCACCUGACCCACGCACUGCUUUGUGGUAUCAUUGCACAGUGCUGUUUGUCACCCAAAAUACUAUCAUGUGAAUUCUUUUUUCUUUUUUUUUUUCAUGUAUUCUCUGUUCUCUUAGAUUUUCUUUUAAAAUCAUUCCUUUUCAAAGAAAAAUAAUUUUCUGUUUAUGAAGCAGUAUAAAUUAGAUGCAUUUUCAAAACGGGUCCCUAAGACAUUUCUUUAGAUCAUUUUUAAAGUGACCAAGUCAUUGUCAGAUGUCAACCAAGAUAAAAGUUGCAUUGUACCCUGUGUUUGCCCAUAGUGGCAUUGGUAGAUUAGAGAUUAGAGCCAGCUUUAACUUUGCAGAGUUAAUUUGUAUAUAUUUUGUUUUCAUUCAUUCUUCUGAAAAAUCAAAUGAAUUCAGAGGGUGUUUGGUCUGCUUUUGUUUCAACUGCAGGCAGGGGAGCAAAAGGACACCAUGUGAGCAUUAAGAAAAAAAAUUGUUGAUUGUUAUUAACAAUUUUUAUAGAGAAUGAGUCAUUUUGGAUGACUUAAAAUUUUAUGAAAAAUGUUAAGCACUAAAUGUGCUUAUUCUUCUUUUAAGAGAAAAUAAAGUUACAAUACUCUUUAAAUAAAUGUUUUUUUCCCUUUCUUCCUUUGUUUCCUUUUAAAGAAAUUCUCCCAAAAGGUUUUCAUCUCGAAUCUUUGUCUUGGACCUGAUUUUUCCUUUAAGAGUUUUUAUUUUUUUGGUUUGUUUUAGUUUGGUUUUAUUUUUUAAACAAAGAAUUGUAUUCUGGCUUUUUUGUUUUGGGGGGUUUGUUUGUUUUGGUUUUGGUUUGUUUUUUCCUUUUGGCACUUUUUAAAACUGUGCCGACAUCAAACACAUUUAGUUUAUGAUCAGUACAUUGGAAAGCUGGUAUUACUGGUGUAGAACCAGUUCAUGACUUUAUGGUAUUUUUGUAGGUUUUUUUGUAAAGUGAGAAUAAAAAUGUGUUUACUCAUUUUUUCUAAACACUGUGUUGUAAUGUGCAUCAUGACAAUCUCCAGUAAGGCUGACUGGAGCUGGGAGGACUGACGGAGGAAGCGACUUUCCAAGGGGAGUCAGGUCCAGAGAGCUUUGGUGGAUGGGCAGGGGAGGAACACUUACUUAUUUUGUAUCUGUUAAUAGAAGAUACGUUCUUUUUGUAGAUGCUGGAACUAGAGUGCACUUGUUAGAUGCUAAAGGUUGGAGCUUUACACAGAAUGUUUUCAUCUGUAUUUGUUACUGUCUGCGUAUGUCUGAGGUAUGGGGCCCACACACUGAGCUGUAACAGCCUGUUGUAUCUGGGGAAGACUCCUUUAGCCUGUUCCAGGCACAUGGCAUUGCUGAGCAGCUCAAAUGGCUUCCCACUGUAGAGAGUGGACACUGAACUAGAGUGCAGAUUUAUAGCUGGAAUCCUCAAAAUACAAAGAAGUAUUUUGACAGACUAUGAUACUUUCAUUAAGCUGGGGUUUAAGUUUUAGAUAUUUUCGAUGUCCUGAAUAAUUUCCAAUAAUCCAUACUCCCUAAAACGCAAUAAAAACUAGUAUGUUUUCACAGUAUAGAUUAUUUUACAAAAGUUCUGUAUCAGAUGUAUUUCAUGUUUGCCAUAAUGUAAUUUCAGUGUUCUUGCUGGAAAAAUCAUCUUAGGAAUGUUAUACAGAAAAUUUGGGUUAUGUUUUCUGUUUUAAAGAUGAGAAAUUUCAAGGCACUCAAUUCCUCUUUGUAAAUCUCUUGAAUACUUUUUACCAUAUUAAUGGUAAUUAUUUAUGCUUUGAGAAUUUAAAUAAUGUUCAAAAUUAAUUUAUGGCAUAAUUUAAACUAAAGUUGUAGAAGUAAAUUCUUGAUUGCAACUUUAAUAGUCCCAGAAGAUAGGCCAAGAACAUCUCUAAGAAGUGAGUUUUCAUUUGUGUUUUUGAUUGGGGGCAAUCAGGAGAACUUAUUUUGGGUUAGCACUUUGAAACCUAAGGAUAUCAUUAAAUUGAAUGGCAUGCACUUCUUAAUGUUGAAAUUAAUAGUUUCAGAACUGGGCUAGGAAUAUAGCUCAGUGGCACAAGCACCUGCCUGGCAAGUGCGAGGUUGUGAGAUUGAUCCUUGGUGUCCCCCCCCCCCAAUUUGUUUCAAAGCGUAAGGUUGAAGUUUUUGAUAAUAACAUUCAAAUUUUAAAGUUACACUUUUUUUGUUACUCAAAUUUAUAGAAUUAGUUUCCAUUGCCGGGGAUUUAGCUCAGCGGCAUAAACGCCUACCUGGCAAGUGCGAGGGCAUGAGUUAGAUCCCCGGUAGCAGAUAAAAAAACAACAACAGAAUUAGUUUCCAUUGUGACUUUUAAACUUGGGGUCAUGUCCUGCAAAAACCAACCUAGGCAAAACAGUUAUAGCCCUUUGGUCUUUUAAUGAAUCAGAGCCCAAUGUGGUGGUACAUGCUUAUAAUCCCACUGUUCUAGAGGCUGAGGCAGGAGGAUCGCAGGUUUGAGCGCUGCCUGGGCAAUUUAAUACUUAGCAACCCUGUCUCAAAAUAAAUUUUAUAAAAAGAGUUGGAAGUGAAGCUCACCAUGAAAGAACUUGGGUUUAAUUCCCAGUCCUGCCAAAAUCGGAAUAUCCAGCAUAGCUGUUGCAGGUAAUUGGAAGAACACUUUAAGUAAGGCUGUGUCCCACACACACAUACAGUAUUUAAGGUGUUCAUUUCUUCCUUUUGGUUAUGUAAAAUUUAAAAACUGGUAUGUUGAUGUGUUUAUUUUAGAGUAUCUAGUCUUUAUUCACAGUACAUUAUGUUGUGUAGUGCACUGGACUAACUCUUGUUUACCAUUCGUGUAAUAAGAAAACCCAGCACAUUAUCUGCACUAUGCUCAAAGAAUGUCACAUUUGUCUAGGCAGCUCUUUGAUAAGGGUAAUGGAAAACUGAAUUCACACCAUAUGGACUGGUGGUAACAAGGGCUUUUACUCUUUCUUUUCAGUGGAACUUUCUUAGUCAAAUUGUAACUUGCUAGUAUUAUAUUUAUAUACAGGGUCUCUUUUCUUUACCAAUGUAUUUUCCUACUCAUAGCCAACCAAUAAAUUCAGUAUCUGUUUCAAAUAUUUUAAAGUGUAGUUUGUACAGCAGUAAUACUGAAGUUUGAGAAAAAUAAAUGUCAGACCACACUUCAAAUUCUGAGUCAUCUGGACAGGGUUAUAACUCUCCCUUUCAAAGGGAAGGGUGAAAGGGGACAGGGCCAUGAUAUGGGGAAAUGGUGUAAAAACAUAUGUAUUAUCUUAUUGGCUGUGUUAUUUUGUAUAACACUCGUAUCUUUGCCAAAGUUCAGUUUUAUAUUUAAGCACCUGAUGGUCCUUUUGCAUUUAGGAUUAUUGUUGUUGUUACCAUAUACCUCAUAAUAUAAGAGAUGGGCUCCUGUGUCUUCCAUCUUUUGGAAGGAGGUGGACAUAUUUUAAAUAAAUACUUUUAAUACAGUAGCAAA